CACCUGACCCGGUGAGUCCCGCUGCCCCGGGAACCGGAGACGAGCGGCCCAUUCCAGGAACUCUGCGGCUCUGCGCGCGACGCUCCACACUUCCUCCCGGCGCGGCCCGGCUCGCUGCGCUCCGGCCGGGUCCGAGUGUCCGGGUCCGAGUGUCCGCUCCCCCACCGGGUUCCAGCCGCCGCGCUCUUCCUGCUCCGCUCCGUCUGGAUCGUCGAUCCGUCCUAAUCCGGCUCCAGAGCGGCAUGCCGGCGGGCGCGCGCCGCCGCAGGUAGCCCGCCAGGUGCCCGGCACCAUGAUCAGCUCGGAGGGCCUCCGGCCCGCCGCGGGCGGCCGCAAGCCGCUGGGCAAGCUGGCGUCCCGCCUGGAGGAGGUGAAGAACCCGUGGCGCCAGGGCUCCGCGCUGGAGCUGAGCCACAGCGAGGCGGCGCGCCUGGCCACGGACGCGCUGCUGGAGCACGGCGAGGCGGAGUACCGCAGGGUGCUGUCCGAGGAGCGCGAGCUCAACUUCCUGUCCCCGCUGGAGAUCCGCUACAUCGGCCAGCACGCGGCCAGCAGGGGGGGCGGCCCGGACCCCGGGGCCGGGGCCGGGGCCGAGCGGGACUUCGGGGACGGGGACGCCGUGUCCGAGCUCACCUCCGGGACCUACUUCCCCAUGAUGUCCGACGAGGAGCCGCCGAUGCUGGAGCUCGGCUGGCCGGACGGCAAGGCGCGCUACGGCCCGUCCGAGACCCAGAUCUACUUCCAGAGGGACAAGUCCCACAACAUCAAGGACCUGAUCCGGUCCCUCAUCAACAAGGCCAGCAAGGUCAUCGCCGUGGUGAUGGACGUCUUCACGGACGUGGACCUGCUGUGUGACCUGAUGGAGGCGUCCAACAAGCGGCGGGUCCCGGUCUACAUCCUGCUGGACCAGAAGAACCUGGAGCACUUCACGGACAUGUGCUCUGCUCUGGACAUCCACCACUCCCACCUCAGCAACAUGCGUGUGCGCAGUGUGUGUGGAGACACCUACUGCACCAAGAGUGGGAAGAAGUUCAGCGGCCAGGUUCUGGAGAAGUUCAUGAUCAUCGACUGUGAGGAGGUGAUCGCAGGGUCGUACAGCUUCACCUGGCUGUCGGCGCAGGUGCACAGUAACAUGGUGAUGCACUUCUCGGGCCGGGUGGUGGACAGCUUCGACCGCGAGUUCCGCUGCCUGUACGCCGACUCGCUGCUGAUCGACGCCUUCUGCAACCCGGAGGAGGAGGGGCUUCCCUUCUACCCGCCGUACCCGGCCAUGAUGGCCCCGGGUCCGGGUCUGGGUCUGGGCUUCGGGCUGGAUUUACCGUCAGACAGGUCUCGGACCGGAUCUCGUCGGAGAAACUCCAGCAGCCAGUCCAGCAGCAGCGUCUCCAGCGUGAAGGCGGCGCCGGGCAUGACCUCCGGCGCCGUCUACAAGGUCGCUCAAGGUCACGACAAGAAGGAGUCGUCCGGCACUCCCCGGCCGAGUCCGGACCGGCGGGGUGGCGGCGGGGACCGGGACCGGGACCGGUCGGUCCAGACUCCGUCGGCGGGACUUCGGGGCGCCGCCAAUGGAGCAGCCAAUCACAGCCCGGGAAGCGAGCGGCCGCCUCCCAGCUACAGCCCGGCGGCGGCCAGCGUGGGCGGAGCCUCCUCCAAGUUCCAGGCCCUGGGACUGUACGACCACAAGCCCGGCAUGUUCCACGGCUCGGCGCUCCACCCGGCCGGCCCCGCCCCCGGCGGCGCCGACGGGAAGCUGAGCUACCGGCAGCGGACGCCGUCCAAUCAGCUGUUCACCAAGCUGUCCGACCUCUUCCUGCCGCCGGCCCCCAAGGACAAGGCCCCGCCCCCCCUGGCCCCGGACGCCUCGCCCUGGGGGGGGCCCGACCUGUCCCAGCCCGAGCCGGAGAGCGAGCAGAGCCCGCCGCCGCCGCCGUCGCCGGCCGCCGUGAUGACCCGGCAGGACCAGAAGAGGAUGACGCUGGGCCACAGCAAGCUGGACCUGGUGAGCCAGUACAACCGCAUGAAGUCCCGGCAGGUCUACAGCCGCUUCGAGCUCAAGAGCUCCAACUAGGCCCAGGCUCCGCCCCCACCCCCCACCCCGCCCCGCCCCCGCCCCGCCCCGCCUCCAUCUCCGCCUGAGUUUGGAAACUCCAUCAUGAAAGCUGUUUGUGUGGAUCUACAGUCAGGAGCCGUCUUCCUGGACCGACGCCGAACCAGAGUUCACCAGAGUUCCGUCGGUUCCCCACAGAUUCAGGCUGUUAAAAAAUGUGUGAGAAUCAGUGAAAGCUGCAGCGCCGCCGUUCUGCCUCUGGAACCACAUGGAGAACCGCCGGGAAGCAGAACGUUCCCUGCAGAACCCACCCGGCUGGAGCAGAACCCACCCGGCUGGAGCAGAACCCACCUGGCUGGAGCAGAACGUUCCCCUGCAGAACCCACCCGGCUGGAGCAGAACCCACCCGGCUGGAGCAGAA